AUGUUCUUCCCUUACCACUCGCCAGUGACCCGAAAGCCGCUUGUCUCCACGCGAUUCGAGUCCAUCAUCGACAUCCACGGGAUCCACCACUCCGCCACCAACUCCCACUGUAGUCGCGCGCUGGGUCUGACUACUCACGACCAAGCCCUCGCCCUCCUCGCCGUUCCUUCACCUGCACGCCGUCGUUGUGCUUCAGCCGUGAAGUUGCGUUAUGUAAUGGCUACUACUUUGAGAGAGACUCAAGGAGAGAGACACCCGCGCACCGCUCUUCUCGCCUCGAGCUGGCAGCAGAGAAUCUGAACGAAACCGGCUAACUGCAUAGUCAUAGACCAUAUCUAAAUUUUACUUUGUGCGCCUUUAUUUGUACAAACAACCGUAUUAGGUAGAACGCCCUUCCCAGUUAGCAAGUUCCAACCGCUCCACCCUUAUGACGUGCGGGGCGGGAUUGGAGCAUUUGGAGCAACUACCGAAACAGUGCUAGAACGUGGAGCAAUGGGCAGCGCGCUGUCAUGUAUGUCAUGGUUUACAUAGCCACGGCCUAAAACGGAUGUUUACGCACAGAC